UUGAGGCCAGACUAAAGCCUUAUGUUGAAGUCAAUAGUGACGUUAUGUUAAGUGUUGAAUGACUCAGUUUUGAAAAUUAUAUAAAAUGGUGAAUGUGUCAUUAUUAUUGGUGUUAUUACACUGCAGAAUGUAUUUCGAGCCAUUGUUGCUCUAGUGAAUAGCUCAGACUAGUCACCUUGAGCCCUCUCAGGAUGAGAAGAAAUGACAAUGCAUUGAAACAACUUUCCCCUUAAUGGCUAGUGACCUUUCUUAUGGUGCAAGCGCCUCCUCUUAACACUUCUGAGCAUAUCUGCGUUGCAUAUCACUCGAGUGUCAUGUGAGGAUAGUGGGAUUAUCCUCGAAAGAUAACCUUUCCUUUCAAACCAUGACAUUUCAGGAGACAACUUCAUCUCCAUUAUCGAAAUCAGUCCCUUCGUUAAUCACCAGCGGCUGGGAAACUGGUCUAAAAUGUCGAGAUUAUGAAAAAGAGCAGGUGCCAUGGCUCUCUUUCUACUCUCUCUUGUCUGUCUCUGGUCAAAGAUCAAAUCUCGUGCAUAUCUGCCAGUUAUUUGAGAAUCACAGAUGCGUCGCCUUAAGCCCCUCGUGCGUCAUGAUCUGGCGACAGCCAUAUUCCAGGAACGAUUGCUCAGGUGAAAUAGAAAACGGGAUGAUGGGUCGUAAAGAAAACGAUGCUCUUGUAAAAAACGGAGUGUGCCAUCCUCUGGAGUGCGCGCGUGGAAGUAUGCAGCGUCAGCAUUUGCGCGCGUGUAAUACCACAGCAGGCGAGACUGAUAUGAAAAAUCAGAUUGAAAUGUGCAAUAAAGUUAGAGAACUAAAAAGCCUGGUAGUUAAAAAGACAGUUGUUCCGGUCGUUGAAAUCCUUGAUGAACAUUGGAAUAAAAACAUGGAUCAUGUUUGUUUGAAAACAAUAUCGAUAAACUCACUCCGCAACCAAUGCAUAUCUGUCAGCAAGCCUUCUGGCCUCGGUCGCAUGAAUGAACUAUUUCACGAGCAGAAUUUUCCAGUCCAUAUCAUCGUUAUUUUUAGUGCGUCAUCAUAUCAAGUAGCGAUCGAACGAUGUAUAUUGAAUGUUAUUGCAUAUCACUGCAGCAGCUCAAGUCUAAGUCAAGAAAUAAUUAGAGAAAAUGACGUUCCAUUGUGUCGUAGUUCAUAUUGUGAAUUUUUUUAUCGUAGCUGCACAGUAGUAAGCCGUCGUUGUUUAGGAGGUCUUCAAGAAUAUUUAGAAAACACUUACGAUGUAGAAGACAAAAGAGAAAAUGUGUUCAUAGAUAGUCUCCGUCAUAUCGUACCUCGGGUUCCAUGUAGGACUAUAGUAGAGAAUCGACCCUCCGCAACACCGACAGUGACCUCGUGUCGAAAGAUUUCUCGGGAUGCCCUCCUUUCGUGGGUAUCCUCCUUCAUGCGCUCUCCCAUGCCCCCCGACACCACCUCAACCUCAUGUCUCGGAGAGACGGCCGCAGCCGCACUCAACUCAACCCGCACAAAGUCGUCCCAUCGAUCUUCAUCUCCACUCAAUCUCAGGCCGAGGGGGUCGUCCACCUGCCUCUGGGGGGUCCUCCUCCUCCUCCUCAUUUUGUCGGGGCUUCAUGGGCGUGUGACAGUCAGGGCGUCCGAGUUUCCCGACAGGGAAUGCUGCGACUCUGCCCCACCGCCGCCCCCGCACUACCACACCACAACCUCAACCACGCCCGUGCCAGAGCCCAAACCUUCUUCCACCUCCACCAUCAUCCCCACGCUCCACAGUCUCCUGCCAACGUCUUCUGUGCCUCCUACAGGCGACGGGGCUGUGGGUGUGAGGAACUGCUUGUUAGCGAGGCAACAGUGCGCCGACGACCCCUCCUGCAGGUCUGUGUUGGAGAUCAUUCCCCGAGUAUGCGGACCAGAAGACGUUGCCUGUUCGACGGUGACGGUGGACAAGUGUCUGGCGGCACUGAGGUUCCUGGGCGGGUUCCCUUACUUCCGGCCGACCUGCCUCUGUCGGGAGCGGCACUUGGAUAAGGACUGCAACCUCUUUCGAGAAUUCAUCUUCGAUCAUCCGUGCAUGUUCGUCGAAAAUAAAGAUAAAUCUCCUUAUCAAGUGCACGCUCUGCCCUUGUGCGAGUACGCGCUCAACGCUUGCGAGCAGCUCCCUGGAUGCAUCAAUUUGUACGAGAAAUUCAGAGAGAGCUGCAGAGUACGAGACGACCAGUGCAGAAUGGACGACACGAACGAAUGCUUAUCAUCCUGGAACAAGCUGAAGCAGUCUCCAAUGUUCGGAUGCGUUUGUCCAGUCGAUCAUCAAAAACGGAAGUGUCAGAGAAUCUUCCGUAUUGUGCAUAACAAUCCUUGUGUGGAUACGUUCCCUGCCUCCUCCUCCUCCUCCUCCUCCUCCCCUUCCUCCUAUAUUCCCUCCCCCUAUUCUUCUUCUCAUGGGAAGAGCCGUGCAAGUGUGUGGGAGUACAUAUUACCCCCACCCACCACGCAGCGCCCACUUUUCCCUCCACUCCCUCCCUACAUCCACCCACACCGCCAGCGCCCACGCCCACACGUCCCUUGGGUUUCUCGGCCCCUUGACCCUCUGCCUUUGCCCCCGCAUGUGCCCUAUAUCACGGCAGAGCCCCUGCCCGCCUUCUCGGCACAAACGCACAAUGUCCUCACCGUAGACCAAGACCACACCUUCACCACCACCACUGCCAUCACCUCCCGGAUGUCCUCCGGCGGUAAUUCUCCUGGGUCAUUUCCAGUCAACAUUAUUCCCCGCGAUAACUCGUCCCUUCACGCCGCCGUCGACACCCAAAUCCAAAACCCUCUGGUGGUGGUGGACGACCCGAAGGGAGGAGGCCGGCGACAGAAUGCGUCUCGGGCUGCUGAUGUUUUGGGCCAGCGCUUUCCCACCGACCCCCAAGCAAGCGAGACAUCUUCAUCAGGUCCUGUGCCUAUGCUGCAUUCUACAUGCCAAACUGCCCUGGUAGGAUGCAACGGCGAUGAUUCCUGCAGAAGACUUCUUGACCCUGUACUGGCUGUCUGUGACAAUCAGUGCAACCGGGAAGCUUGUAUGGCCAACCUCCAGACUUUCUAUAGAAACGUCGAUUUCAAGUGGGCCAUCGAAGUCGCCUUCUGCCUUUGCAAGAAAAGCAGUCAGACAGCAGACGAAUGUUUGAGUGCACAGGAAAAGCUUCAUCCGUCGUGUGCCCGCAAACCUGCAGGGAAAGUUCCAAUGCUUUGCAAUCGAUUAGCUGCAGCAUGCAAGGAAGACCCAGGGUGCAGGCAUCGUCUAGAAUUUUACGAACAGGCGUGUGCAGUAGACAGCGAUACGAGACGCUGUGCUGGGUCUACAGCCGAAUGCAGGAGAGCAUUACUCGGUAUCCUUGGUACCCAACUGCGCAAUUUGUGCACUUGCUCUGCUCCUGAUCCUAUGGAAACAUACACAUGUUUGGAUUGGCAAAGAAUUCUUUGGUUUAAUCCUUGUGUUGUUGAGGCACAAACUGAUUACCACCGAGAAAUGUUAGCUGGAACAAAGGAGGAGAUAACAACAACUCCCAGCAUAGUUAUCACUCCCAGCAUCAUCUCUGGUGUUAUCAGUGAACCCGUGCAACAAAACGGGGGAGACCACAGUGUCCCGAACAAGGGGUCUGUUGUUAUCCAUCCGAAAGUGAACACGACCAUUUUUUACGCACCCACACGCUGGGAACCUCAGCCUCUACCACCAACUCAGCCUGUCGUCCCUUCUACGACCACCACCACCACCCCUGCACCAACAACUCUGCCUCCCAAAUAUUGUGAGAAACGUCAUGCCAGUGGGGACACUAUAGACUAUAUCGAAGAAGGAUGGGGGAAGCGCUUCUACAAAGACGAGGAAUGUUCUGAACUGUGUCUGUGUCAUGCAGAGGAGAAACUAGCAUGUAGUGUCUUGGAAUGCGUGGAGGCCCGGGCAUGCGAGACAGAUUUUGCCGUUUUCAACCAUUAUGCCCCAGCGUAUCAAGCAGACCGUGGAGAAUGUUUCUGCUAUUCCGGCUCUUUCAUCUGUGUCAGACCACCAAUAGAUGAAUAUGAAGUGAAAGACGGCGUUUUCCUGUUUCUUGGAUACAGUAAGGCCGAGGAAAAUCUCCUCCGCCCUUACACGAAGAUCUCAUUGGUGGACGCUGCCCUCUCCAAACUAAGUGACCUCGUACGUGAAUCGGCUUUGAUUAUGAAUGGGCGUGACCGCCGUGUAAGUAGCCAGGACACCCGACAUAUCAAGACGGAGUGUCAUUUGGAGCUGGUGACUAAAAUAGGUGAGAACAUCAUAUUGCAAGCUAAACUCGAGGAGUUUGAAUAUCUCAGAGAUAAUAUGACAGCAGAAAUGCUUCACAAAGAAAAGGAGGAGUGUGAAGAUUCUGUUGCAGAAGUCAGUAAGAUGAUCAACACACAUGAGAAGGAGGUGCGUGAAGAUAUGGCACUCUCGGUGCUUAUCUUGGCUGAAAUGCAAGUACAUAUGCCACCUCUGAAUGCUGGGGCAGGUGUAAUUCACUGUCCACCUCUAAUUUUGGUGAUUAUAAUAGCGCUCAUGGUCCUUAUCUCGACACAACAUUCACUUCUGGCAUCGUGAUACAUAUGGCUGCCUAAUUUUGCAAUUUAACUAGAAUUGCCUAGGUAGCAUUUUGUUACUAAGUUGUGCAUGCGUAUAUUGCGUGCAGAGCCCCAUUGCCCAAAAGUGGGUGGUGCGUGUGGUUCACAUGGCCAGUAGCUUCCAUGAACCCAACCUUUAUAUACCAUUUUUUGUAUUGCACCGUGAUAACUCACAGGCUGCGUCCCUGCGAUGCCCAUUCCUGUGAUCCAAAACAUAUAAUCCCGCCAAAAGAAAAUAUAUCUAGUAUAUAUAUAUACAUAUAUCAUUACCUUUAUACAGGUGCGCAGCUGGCACAAGGGUAGUGUCUUGCUUGACAUUAUCAAAACAUUUUGUAAGAUUUAAUUUUUAAUCUUAUGAAAGGCUUUUAUUUCUAAAGCCCAAAUCUGCAGAAUUGCUGAUAGGAAAGGCUGGCAGAAAGGAGUGCUAGAUGCGGGAGGAGUGUUGGUGGCAUGCUCACUGCCUUAACUAUACCAUUCCCCAAGCCUGGGAGAGUCAGAGGAGUCAUUGUCUUCUGACCUCUAAAGGUUCUUGUCCGUGGUGGGUCUUAUUGUUGUUGGUAAUUCCCCCUCCCACUCCCCUUACUAAUCUUGAACCACCAGUCACCAGCUUACAGGGGAACCACACAACUCUUUUUCAGCUGCGUUCAAGUGAAAAUCACGGUUGCCUUAAUGAAAGUUGACGUUUAUAGCUAUGAUGGGAAGAUUUUUCUGAUUUGAAUUUUAUAUAUUUUUAUUAUCACAAACUUAAAAGUAAAAUAAAAAAAAUAUAUAGAAAGAAGCUUAAAGGUUGUGUACUUUCCUCCCAAGUUGGUCAUCAUUACUGUCAUGUUAAUCAGAAACAAACUGGUGAAAAAUGGGAGUUUUGAUCAUAACUUUUCUUUGUGCUGUACGAAAAGAUGUGCUGUACUAUAAAAUAAUACAGAAUACUGCACAGGAAGAAUGAUGAUUAGGCCUCCUCCAGGUACUUUUUAUUUAAAAACUUUUGGACUCGCCACAUCCUUGGUAACUUGAGCCUCAGGACCUCUCUUAGGCUGUUUUUUUUUUCUAAUUUUCACAUGUUAAUGUUGAUAUUUGACAUUACAAGUGAAUACUUGUUAUGAAUUUUUAUGAUGUCUUAGUCAUUUUUUGGUGUAAGUUGGAGUUUUUAUUUCUGGUACAGGAUCUAUUCUUUCCCAAGCACUUUUUGUCAAUUUUUCUUUUUGUUAGGUACAUGUAUUGUCUUGCAAGGAUGACAACUUGAAGUGAAUCCUAUUUUAUAUAUAUUUAAAAUUAAAAACAGUAGUACCAAACUCAGUUUCACAUUUUAAAUAGAGAGCAGUUAAACAAAUUUUUUAUAGUAAUGAGUUCCCUAAUUUUUAAGGUCUAGGGAACAAAACUUUCUCAUUUGUACAGUACAUUGCAUGUUCAUGUCUUUGUCUACUAAACAUAGUUAGCUAAGAGUUUUUUUUUCGGUAUUUUAACUUUUAUAAUCAUUGCCCCCAUUAUUAAGGAUGUCAAAUCAACUAAGAUUCAAACAGGUGUCUGAAUUUCUAAAGAUUUAUCUUAAAUCCAUACAGAAAUAAGCAAUUUUCUCUCUAAAAUCUCUGAAGUUUUUUUAUAGUAUACUAUAUUCUUCAACAGCUUUCCCCCUUCAUACUUUACUACCAGCAUCUCUCUUAGGAUAAUCUUUGUAUUAUAAAAGGCCAGUUUUCUUGAACUGUAUCUUCACCCUAUCUUAAAACAGUUCAUGACCAAUGUAUCACAAAUUAAAGUUUUGAAUUUUUUACAUCAAAAUAGUAUAAGCUGGAGAAAUUACUUUUAUGAAGUUUUAAUUUCUUGUUGUGCAUCACAAGAUGUUGUAGCUGUAUACAUGACUGAUUCAUGUAACAGUCAUAUGUAAUAAUGUGGAAAGGGAAACAUUUUAAGUAAUUACCCAAUUCAAUAAUAAGACCAUAAGUUUAAGAUUUUCCAUAGUUCUUCUACAUAAAAGCAAGUACUCCAAAAAGAGGGUUUACAAUAAAGAACUAUUUUGAAAUGGAAAAGGGAAAGUUCCUUGGUAUUUCAUGAAAUGUACAAAAUUUAAUGAGUACCAUACAUUAAUCAUGGUCCAUUCUAAUUUGUAAUUCAAUUGUUCAUGCUGCAAAAUGUUAAUUUUUGUUAUUGUCCAAUAAUUCUUCACCUAACACUAGUAAUACGAAUUCUAUAAAAGUGGCUUGGGAGAAGAGUAAGUCCUGCUGAUACUAUAUUUAAAUAUUAUUGUUAUGGUUUCCUGCAUUGUGACUUUUUCAAUAAUCUGUUCCAAAUUAAAAUUAUGAUGCUUGGUUAACAGUCUUGUAAACACAAUUGGCAAGUGUCACAAUUGGUGAGUGUUUAUGUUAGUGGUACUGUUGUAGGAAAAGUAAAUCCAAAUGUCACUGAUUAUUAAGGGUCAGCACUACUAUCACUGUUAAUAUGGAAUUCACCAAGUAUAUACUCUAAUCUGGGAGAAAUUUUAUUGACUGUUGUAUAAUGUUUAGUAUCUGACCAAUCGCUGAGCAACCAAAAAGGACCAAACUAUGUUGGCCAAAUCAAUGUAUGUAAUUCUAUCAACAAUAAGAGUACCAAUAUUUCUUUAUUGUCUUUACUCUAAUUUAAUUGGCCUUUUAAGGGAUGUACAUUAUCUUUACUUCUCAAUAGAAAAAGUAGUCUGAUGUCAUGUGAUAUGCUACACUUGUGUGGCAACACUUAUAAUAAUAAAUAGUUCACAGUUAUGUUUAUGGAAAUUGUAAUAUAAACAAGAGAAUUUAUAUCAAUCCACAUGCACAUACUGACUGUACAGUGUACAUAAAAUUAGAGGGCAUUUUUCUUUUUAGAAGGCAUAACAGCAUUUUAAAACCUUUGCCUUCUUUAUAUGUUGAUUAACAAGUGCAAGUGUUGAUAAAAUGGCACAAAAUUAAAUAAUGCAGGUUAAAGAUUGUAUAUAUUAUAUAGUAUUGUUAUUGUACAUAACAAUGUACAAGUUGAAUUGUUGUCUAAUAUAAAGCUAUGUACACUACUACUCAAGACAAGUUUCACUUCAUAAAAUGAACAAGUUUCACCUCAUGAAAGAAAUGUGAAUAUUCAGACACUGAAGAGCAGUUGCUCCAUGUCAUUACAGUAAGUAAAUGCAUAAUUUAGUAUCUGUACUGACUAAAGUUUAGUAUACUAUUUAUAUUUAAAACAAGACAUUUUUUGGGUUUGCACCGAAUCUCAAGAUUACAUUCAUAUACCAAGGCUGACUUACAAUUUUUUCUUGUGUUGCCCCAUGCAUCAGCUUGUAAAUAUCAUAAAAAUAAUUGCACUUUAGUGUCUGUAGAUUUACAAUCUCUCUAAUCAUCUGAUGUUUAAAGUGUUAGAAAAUUCCUAUGACACCUGACAGUAAAUCCAGGUAGACUUACUUACUAACUGUUCCUAGCACAGAAGGCUUCCUGACUCACCAGGAUGUGCACUGACUUAGCUUUUAUCUCUCUCUCUCUCUCUCUCUCUCUCUCUCUCUCUCUCUUCUUCUCUCUCUCUCUCUCUCUCUCUCUCUCUCUCUGUGUAACUUUUCAUCUCUUAAACCUAUAUGAAUAUAUAUAUAUACCAUGGUGUAUUCAUCCCAGAAUAUGACAACUAUCUUGCUAUGACCUCCGUGGAGAUAUCCUUCCAAAAUUAUGUUAUUUGUGACCAAUAAACUUUGUCCCCUUAAUUGGAUGAUUGCAUGAUUUUUCAAAUUAAUGUUACACUUAACCUGUACUAAAAGAAAUUUUUAACAAUCCACCUCGCUAAUGUCUGUGUAUUUGUUGUAGAGCAAAGAUUUGCAGUUUCUAGGUGAUUUUGUUAAAAACUAUUGAAAGCCUUCCUUUUUGACUAAAGACAUUGUGCAUUUUUUUACUUAUAUUUUUUCAAGAUAUGUGGACAGGAUUUUGUGCUACAAUGACAAGUUUUGUUUGAAAGUGGAGUCAAAAUGUAUUUUGUGGUAAUCUAUAAUUUUCAUGAACUGUAAGAAGCCAUCAACUAGAGAUGAGAUGUGGAGGUUCUUGAUGAAAUGGAUAACCUUUUUAUGAUAGAAAGAAAAAUAACAUUUCACACCUGUUUACAAGAGUAUUAGGCAGUCAACAUAAGUAAUAACAAUGGAUCAAAACAAGCUACAUGAGCCAAUGAAUAAGAUGCAUAUGCAUUAAAUCAAGAAAGCUUUAUAACUUUUACCUUCUUGCCUUGUUACAUAUCAUCACUUGAUUUUUGGCUUUCUUGUAUUUUAUUUUACUUCUUCCAUUAGCUUGCUUUGGCUUAUGGUUAUGGUCACUGUGGUGGCAUGCCUUACAUUAGGGAAGAACAAAUCACAGCUUUGAAUACACGCUUAUGUUGUUUAGCUGCAAACAAAAGUAUUCAACCAUUUGUGGGAUUAGGUAUGGUUGUCCUGUAAUUUUAGUGCUAUAAGGUUAAUAUGGUAAACAUAUCAGGUCUGGUGUUAGGCCACCAUUGUUUCUCCAAUGCUUCUUGAAAUACAUAAGAAAAACUUUACAAAUCACUCACUGGUUAUGGUUUCAGAAACUGUAUUAGAGUAUUUAUAUUUAUUUACAUUUUCCACAUUUUACAAUGUGAAAGACCUUCAGAACAGUAGUACAUUAUUUUGUUACUUCUAGCACCAGAGCUUAUAGUUUAGCAUAAUGAUCUGUGGCUAUUUUUAGUGUGUGUUGUAUUCAGUGUGAUCAGUGUAUGCUAUUAAAUAGUCAGUGAGGUAGUCUUUGUUUCACCUGAUGACUUACUCUUGGAUAUUUUUCAUAAAUCAAGAAGUGUUCUUAUACUAUUUUAAUGAUACAUGUUGCUAUUGUCAAUCUGAUCAUUUUUCAAGUUAUCAAAAAAAUAAUCUUAUAAAACAGAUCAUGACAAAUACAGUAUAUACUAAAGAAUUAAAGAAUUAGAAAAUUAUAUGUAAAAGAGAAAAAAAUAGAACAACAUUGCAUUGGAUUACAAACCUCCUCACCUUUUCUCUGUGGUUGGUUAUCAUCGUCAUCUUGUCCUCACCCUUCCUUCUUCCCUUAAUAUGAACUUUGCAUUUUCCAGCCAAACUGAUUUUCUCGCAGAGAAUUGUGACCUGUGUUGUAAAAUGUCCCACUGAUGGCAUGUUGAAAUUUUAAAAAGUAAAUCCUAUCGUUUUGCUAAA